CAACUCUCUGGUGCCAACUUGCUUACUGUACGUCUCGUCUCUUCAAGAAACCACAACAUCUCCGUCAGUCUUUUCUUGCCGGUCGUCUUCAAUUAUUGGAAAUGCCAAAGAGAAGAAGAAAUCCAGGCAAUCGUAGGAAUAAUGCGAGAAGGAAUCAGCAAGGGCAGGGAAGGAACGGCGACGAAAUUAAUGUAGAUGGAAUUAAGGAAAUGCUGAAGGAUGUAGUGACAACUAAAACUUAUCAAAAUGUUAUUUAUCAGAAUAAGUUUCUAUUUAAGAAUAAAAUAGUACUUGAUGUUGGCGCUGGAACUGGAAUUCUGUCCCUAUUUUGUGCAAAAGCUGGGGCUGCACAUGUUUAUGCGGUUGAGUGCUCAGACAUGACUGACAUGACAAAAAAAAUAGUUGAAUCAAAUGGUUUUUCAGAAGUUGUAACGGUUUUGAAGGGAGAGAUUGAAGAAAUUGAACUACCAGUUGCUAAAGUAUAUUAUAAUUUCAGAGUGGAUGGGAUAUUUUCUAUUGUAUGAAAAUAUGUUAAACACGGUCCUCUAUGUACGAGAUAAAUGGCUUGUCAGUGAUGGAAUUCUUCUACCAGACAAAGCUUCCCUUUAUUUGACAGCCAUUGAGGAUGCAGACUACAAAGAAGAUAAGACUGAAUUUUGGAAUAAUGUGUAUGGCUUUAACAUGAGUUGCAUCAAGAAGCAAGCCAUCAUGGAACCUCUUGUUGAUACUGUUGAUCAGAAACUCCAAUAAUUGAAGACGACCGGCAAGAAAAGACUGACGGAGAUGUUGUGGUUUCUUGAAGAGACGAGACGUACAGUAAGCAAGUUGGCACCAGAGAGUUGCAGUCGCUCGUGUCCAGAGAGAAUAUGAAAAAGGCGGGAUCUAAGCUC